GCGAACACUCGUUUCCAUGCCCAUCGUUGCUCAACACCCCCACAGCCAUGGUUGCUGAUCGCUCACAGACCAUCGAGCUCCAAGAGAGCGGUAGUCUGCACAACGAGUCAUCGAUCCGGUCCGCUAACCUUGCUCAUCCGGCCAUCCCUCGAGAGGUUUCACAAGUCCAUGAUGCUACGAGCAGCGCUCCCAAUGGACCUAGAUCAGCUGCUCAAGAGCAUACACCCAUGCGCAAACGCGACUUUGGGUUCCUACCCAUUCCGCAAAGUCGCAGACAUGACCCGAGCAAAGCCGUCCAGGGCGAGUUUCCCUUUACCUGGAAGAUAAAUGCGCUCUUUGCCUCUGCAGCUACAAUUGCAGUCAUGAACCUCUACUACAUCCAACCCAUGCUCGUCGCCAUCGCCAAUGACCUUGGGGUCUCUCACGAUGCCGUCUCCAAAGUGCCCAUCCUUGCCCAAGGCGGGUACGGCUGCGGGAUCCUAUUCAUCUCUCCCCUCGGUGACCUCGUUCGACGGCGGCAGCUGGUCCUGAUUCUGAUGCUACUUACGACUUGCCUCACAAUCGGACUCGCCUUGUCCAAGAAUGUCGCAAUGCUCUCUGGACUGAGCUUUGUAGUCGGCUUCUUCACGAUCACACCGCAAGUGGUCAUUCCCUGGACUGCAGACCUCGCGCCGGCUGAAAAGAGAGCGACGGCGAUGAGCGUGACCCUGUCCGGCUUGAUCACAGGCUUGGUCAUGGGUAGGACGCUGGCCGGCGUCAUAUGUCUGGCGGAUUGGAGGUAUGUCUAUUGGAUGGCUGUGGGCCUACAGGGAUUGAUGACGAUCGUCCUCUGGCUAGGUCUCCCUGACACACCUGACAAAAAGAUCGGUCUUACUUACCUCGAAGUUCUUUGGUCAAUGGCCAAAAUGUAUGUGACUUACCCAACACUGGUGCAAGUUUGCGUCCAAGCCUACUGCCUCUCCGCCGUCUUUGCUGGUUUCUGGACGACCCUCACUUUCCUCCUCUCCGACCCUCCAUACCAGUACAACUCUCUCCAAAUCGGCCUCCUCGGUCUCCUCGGCCUCAUCGGCGCCAUCCUCGCCCCCUUCUGGGGCCGCCUCGUCGACCGCGUCCACCCCUGGUCCACCCAGUUCCUCGGCAUCAUCAUCAACCUCAUCUCCAUGAUCAUCGCUCUUGCCGCCGCCCAGAAGAGUAUAGGCGCGGUGUGUGUGGCGAUCGUGUUGUAUGAUGUGGGGCAGCAGUUGAAUCAGGUUAGUAAUGGAUAUAGGGUGGCGGGGAUUGAUCCCGCGGCGAGGGCGAGGUUGAAUGGGUGUAAUCUUCUGGCGCUGUUUGCUGGGCAGACAUCUGGCACAGCCAUCAUGACCAAAAUUUACAACAGCCACGGAUGGCACCCCACAGCCGGUACCGCUAUAGCCUUUAUCGGCGUCGGUAUCAUCGGUAUGCUCGCCCGUGGGCCGCAUGAAGCUGGCUGGGUGGGGUGGAGCGGAGGAUGGAAUGUGAGGGAGAAGCAGCAGAUGAGUGAUAAGAGUGCGAAUGCUGUCACGGAAAAGCUGAGAGUGAAGAAGAAGGACCAGAUGGUGUAACAGCAGGGCAUAAUAAUAGAACAAC